AUGUCUGCCCUCCUCACCACCAUCGGUCUCCGCGCCGCCCCCGGCCAAACAGCCUCCAACCACGCCGCCGGCUUCCUCAUCGCCAACUGGGUGUGGGCAUUCUGCCUUACCAGCAACCGUGGCGCCAAGGUCCGUCUCGGCAUCGAUAACAAUGUCUGCCCCCGCGAAGACCUGGCCACCUUCGGCGAGGCAGCGGUGCAGUCUGGCAAAAUCAGUCGCGAAACCCUGAACAAGCUGAAGCGUCGGGAGGCAGCCCACGAGAAUGCCCAGGAAGGAUACCCUUUGUUCGUGGCGGCGAUUCUUAUCGCGCUGUUCGCCGGUGUCCCCAACGAGACUAUCAACACGAUCGGUGUUUGGUAUUCGAUCUCGCGUGUCGUGUACAGUGUGCUGUACGCGAAGAUCACCAGUAAGCCUGCCAGCUUCCUUCGCUCCGUGGCUUGGUGGUCUGGCAACAUCAGCUGUAUUUAUGGACUGGUGCAGGCCAGCAAGAAGCUGUGA